AUGCAAGCAUUCCUGCAGACCCUACAUGAGCAGUACCGCACCGAGUACUACGGCCCAUGGCAUACAAGAGAAUGCUACCCAUGGGAGUACGACGUCAAGGCCCAAGAGUGUAUCCAAUUGGCUAGCAAAUCAGACCCUCAAUUCUUCCUACCGCAAGCCAAAAUCCUUCAAGACCGAGCGGCCUACAUACGUCAAGAAUGGGCUAGACUUGAGGCCUUACAAGCCAUUCAGCUAGUCACUCAGCUAGUCACUCACCAAAUCACUAUGGCUAUGGCAAUUGGACCUCUGCAGGCAAGGGUCACAUCGGACGAUGCAUAUUUGGACGAAUUGAAACCGUCCGAUGUCUUGCUCUGA